AUGGGGUUGCGAAUAAGAUUGCUACUCCUUAUCACCCAUCACCCUCAGACAAAUGGGCAAGAUAAAGUGUCAAAUAGAGAAGUCAAAUCUAUUCUUAAAAGGACAUUGGGACAUGAUAGGAAAGAUUGGAGUAGAAGGCUUGAAGAGGCAUUAUGGGGUUGCCACACUGCUUAUAAGACCCCUAUAGGAAUGUCUCCAUACAGGAUCGUCUAUGGAAAAGCUUAUCAUCUACUAGUGGAGAAUGAGCAUAGGGCUUAUUGGGCAGUAAAAGCAUGUAACUUCGAUGCUAGCAUAGCUGGAGAGGAAAGGAAAUUGCAACUUCAAGAACUUGAAGAAAUUAGGUUCGAGGCAUAUGAGAACUCAUAG